GCCGUCUCAAGUGGUCCCGGGCUGGGCGGAAGCCCUGCAGUUGAUGCGUGCCGGUGAGAAGUGGGAGAUCAUCUUGCCCAGCCACCUCGCCUACGGUGAUCGAGGUGCUGGGCCAAUUCCUCCAGGUGCCGUUCUGGUUUUCGAGCUGGAGCUACUGGAGGUCAAUGCAGAAAGUAGUGGGAACUUCGGCGGCAUGAUGGCGUUGGGGGUGCUGCUGGCGGUUGGCCUUCUGGGCUUUCUGGCCGUGUGGCUGACAGG